UUAUGGGUAGGCAGUGUCAGAAGCUUUGCGGAAGUGUGUGAAGCUGGAGUCAUAUGACCAGGCAGCCAGCUGCAGAAAAUGCUCCCCAGUUAUGGAUAAACUUCCCCGGACUCGGUGACUAACAUCCUCGACGAACACGAUGGACGAGAUUAAAGUGUCUCCUGACUAUAACUGGUUCAGAAGCACAGUGCCCCUGAAGAGAAUCAUCGUGGAUGAUGAUGACAGUAAGGUGUGGUCUCUGUAUGACGCCGGUCCAAAGAGCAUCAGGUGUCCCAUCAUCCUCCUCCCCCCGGUCAGCGGGACGGCAGAGGUGUUCUUCCAGCAGGUGUUAGCGCUGACAGGAUGGGGCUACAGGGUCAUCUCGCUGCAGUAUCCAGUCUACUGGGACUUGAUGGAGUUUUGUGACGGCUUCAGGAAGCUUCUGGAUCACCUUCAGCUAGACAAGGUGCACCUGUUCGGGGCGUCUCUGGGAGGAUUCUUGGCUCAGAAGUUUGCAGAGUGCACGCACAAAUCUCCCAGAGUUCAUUCUCUGAUCCUGUGUAACUCGUUCAGCGACACCUCCAUCUUUAACCAGACUUGGACGGCUAACAGUUUCUGGUUGAUGCCUGCCUUCAUGUUGAAGAAGAUAGUUCUGGGGAACUUUGCUAAAGGACCUGUGGACUCCAAGAUGGCCGAUGCGAUCGACUUCAUGGUGGACAGGUUGGAGAGUCUGAACCAAAGUGAGUUAGCAUCGCGGCUAACGCUAAACUGCCAGAACUCUUACGUGGAGCCGCACAAAAUCAAAGAUGUUGCUGUGACCAUUAUAGAUGUGUUUGAUCAGAGUGCGCUGUCACUGGAGGCUAAAGAAGAGAUGUACAAACUGUAUCCGAACGCCAGACGAGCCCACCUGAAGACAGGAGGAAACUUCCCCUACCUGUGCAGGAGUGCUGAGGUCAACCUCUACAUACAGAUCCACCUGCGUCAAUUCCACGGGACCAGAUACGCCGCCAUCAGUCCGGACAUGGUGACUGCUGAGGAGCUGGAGGUUCAGGCUACUCAUCUGAGUGAUGAACAAUGAGCAGCGUUUACCUACUGAGUCUCCUGUGAACAUUUCUCCAGUCUGUAUUCUCCUGAAAGCAUCAUUUCAAACAGGAAGUCCUCCUGUGGAACCAAUCAGCAGUGUAUUUUUAUUUGACAGAUGAAGCAAUAUUUUCUAAGGAUCUGCUCUGCUUUACCAACCUGUGACACUUUGCCUUAUGUGAAUGAAUCUGAUCACUGUUGCACUCAUUUCCUGCCUGAACUGUUUCUGUUAGUGUUGUAUGAAGAGGUGCAUCUGCAGAGAGCUGCUUCCCUUUCACACACACAUCUCUUGAGUUUCUGACCUUCUGAUUAAAUUAAGUGUAUAUGCUUUUCACCUUGUUUUUUUUUUAAAUCACAUGAUGUUGUUUCCGUGUCCGAUUGCAGGAAGACCCUAUGUUGUUGUGUUUGUUUCAACAAACUGGAAUUCAAACACAGGUUAAAACUUCUCUGGAUGUUUAUUCUUUAUUCUAUUUUUAGAAACUCUCUGUUCCUACAGACAAAAUCUGAAGCAGCUGAGGUUUCACCCAUCAUCCCACCUGCAGCUGUAACUCUUCUCUACUUCCUGUUUCUGAAUAAAUGAAAAUAUGUGAUGUGCCUUCUGUAA